GAAACAAUGAGCUCAUCAUCAUCUCGGCUACUUGAACUAGCCAGGCCUUUUCUCCGGGGAGAGCUAGAGAAGAUCAACCCCAAACUCCCCUCGUUGAUCGCCGUCCUCAAAAGCGUCGGAGCCGGAGAGUGUUGGCACAAACACGGCAGCUUUCUAGAACACUUGGUCGACGUGUACAAGAUCCUCAAGCUUUGGAAAGCUCCUGAACCUGUCUGCCUCUGCGGUCUCUUCCACUCUGCUUACUCCAACUCCUACGUCAACUUAGCCAUCUUUGAUCCUUCCACUGGACGUGACGUCGUCCGUGGCCAUGUUGGUGAAGCAGCUGAGUCUUUAAUCCAUCUCUUCUGCGUUAUACCGAGACAAGCUUUGAUCCACGACGACCUUCUCUUCAAGUACUCUGAUCUGGAACUCAUCGAGCAUCUUGAAUGCUCUGAGGUUUCAUUGAGGAAGGCUAAGGAGGAAGGUGUUUUCGAUGGAGAGGAAGUGUGGAGGAAGAAGUUGAACGGUUUGGUAACUGAGAAUGGUGUAGUUGUGAAGCAUAUCAAGACAGGUGAAGAGGUUCUUGUUUCGAGGAGAGUAGUUGGUGUCUUCUUGCUGAUGACGAUGGCGGAUUUUAGUGACCAGUUUUUCGGGUUUCAAGACGAGCUGUUCUGUAACCAUGAUGGGAGACUGGAGUUUCGAGGGAACAACGUGACGGCGUUAUGGCCUGGGGAUGGGAAACCUGGGCUGUGGAUGAACUCUAGCUCGAGGAUGGGUGCUAUCUAUAGUUUGAUUGUGAGAGAAGAGGAGAUUUUGAUGGAGCAGAGGAAAAUAGGUUCUGAGUUUGUGAUUAGAAAGGAGAGAGAUGAAGACAUCGAGCUCGUGGUGCCUCCAGUUUUCAGCUCUUGCACUAAGGUAUUGGAUGCAAAAGAGCAGAUAGAAGCAAGAGACAUGUACUGGGAAGCUGUGAGCAGCGACAUAACCAAAGAAGGGUACUUGGAGAGAGCAGAGGAGAGGUUGUUGGGGUGUAUUGAGAAGAAUCCAUUUGUGGGAGAGCCACAUGUGUUGUUGAGUCAAGUGUAUUUGGGAAAGAAGAGAUUUGUAGAAGCGGAGAUAGAAGCAGAGAGAGGGCUUCGUCUGCUUUUGCAAUGGGGAAGUCCUUGGGACAAGAGGAUGUCAUGGGAAGGUUGGAUUGCUUGGGUUAGAGUUCUUCUCAUGAAAUCACAGGACCAGUCUUGGCCCGAUGUUUCUUGGGGGAUCUUGAACUUGGGUCUUGUCCGCUAAAAUUAUAAACCGACACUUGCACGUGCUUGUUUACCAAAACAAGAUUUAAUAUAAAGAUCGAUAAAUCAGUCGAUGCAUGUAGAUUAAAUCUUCUUGGCUUAUAGUAUAUGUCAUUGUAAGUUCAAGACUUAAAUUAUAACACCCAAAAAUAGAAUGGUCUUUUCAUUAGAUAAGACGUUAAUUCAUGCAAUUAUG